UAUAAUUUUGCUACUAUAGGGUUUAGACUAUAUUCCUUUAGUUCUGUUAAUUCUUUAAGAGGACCAGAUGUUCUUAAUAUUCUGCUAAUGAGCACGGAAAGUCAGUGUAAAUGUCGGAUGAUACUAGAUAAGUUUUCUGCAACACUAACGUCGUGUUGCUGAACACCACCUUCACAUUAAAACUGAUCGUUUAUCGUUUCAGCUUGAGAAAAGUUACGUGACUUGAAGCUGAAACACAUCCGAAACUAAAACGAAAGCAUUUAGUUUCGACUCUCCUAUUACCGACUGGUGUAGUGCGUUGUUUCAUCUGGAGAAAUCAAGAACAUGGACAACAUGAGUUUAACUAAAGAGAAAUGUUACGACCCACGCGACUCCACGCUGAGGUUUGUGGAUAGAGAAGAUGAACUUGAUUUUCUGUAUGAAGGGUUUAGUUCUCGGAGAGCACUGAUGUCUUGUGGCCAUGCUGUUACUCCUCCAUCUCUCACCAACUGGUGCCGCCAGCAGUUGGAAAAUGGUAGCAGCAGAUUUGUGUGUGGCCAGUCUGGUUGUGAUGCAGAGUGGCCUUAUGCAGAGGUUCGGAAAAUGGCUCUCCUGACCUCUGAAGAACGGGAGUACUUUGAAAGAAACAUGGCCCUCAAUACUGUCAAGGUUCAUUUCGACUCCAAAGCAUGUCCUGAGUGCAAAUACUCUGUGACGAGGAAGAAUGAAUCCAGACUGAGUGUCCGAUGCCACAUUUGCACUGCAAGGAGAGGAAAGACCUAUGAAUUCUGCUGGCAGUGCCUGAAGGAAUGGAAAGGUGAUCACUCCCGAACAGACCGCUGUGAAAAUGAAGGCUGCUACAACGAGGCCCUAAAAACACUGACAACCUGUUCAGUUAUCACCUUUGAGUCUGUGAAGGGAGUCACAGGAUGUCCCUCCAUCCGGGCCUGUCCCACCUGUGGCUAUAUGCUGCAGCAUAGUUCAAAAAAAUGUAAAAACAUUCGCUGUGCUCGAUGUAAGAUAGAGUUCUGUUUUGUUUGCCUGAAGAUCACGAGUGAAUGUCAGAAAACAAGUAAGGGUUACUGUGGACCAUGCUCUGAUGGUGUCGCCCCCAGACAGACCUCUAUACCUGUGUGGCAGAAGAAAUGAUGGGCUGUGUUUUAUUUAUUUUAAAGAUUGUCUUAACUCAAAUGUGUCUUGCUGUUAAUUGGUGUAGAAUUUCUUCACAGUAAGAUUUAUCUCGUAAAUUUAAUUAUGUUAUGUUUUUGCUUAAAUGACUAAAGAUGAAUAAUCUUUACAGCAGAUAUUUCCCUUAAGGAAAUGCUAUGCAUUUAUUGAAAUAUACUUUAAGAAAUCUGAAUUCAUAUUUAGGUCUGUAAAUUUUUUUCUCUUUCUGCCAUAGGUUAAGUGUAUCAAACCUACCACUGUGUAUUGUUGACAAAGAGACCUAUUUAUAUAAUUAAUGUUGAAGUUAGGCCCAUAAUAAAUAAACUAAUGUAAAAAGGC